AUGAACAAAAGUCUGUGGAAUAACUUAACAGUCAGAUUUGUAUUUGUUGUUGGAUUACCAAUACCAAAUGAGACAAAUAUUUAUCAUUUUGAUGGUGUAAAUAUUCAGUUGAAUGGGAAAUCAUGGUCGGAAUCGAGAAAACGUGAAUUUUCUCGAUGGUCGGUAAUAAAAGAGUUGAGAAAUGAAAGCAGAUUUUAUGGUGACAUGUUGGUUGGUGGUUUCUUUGAUACUUACUUCAAUUUAACUACGAAAAUGAUGUUAUCUUUUCGUUGGGCGUGUACCUUCUGUAAGAAUAUAACGCCAUUAUUUUUAUUUAUUGACGAUGAUUAUGUACUUCAUCCGAACAAUACAAUGAAACUCGUAAAGUCAAUUAAAAUAUCAGAUAUGAAGUCAUAUGUCGGUGGUCCAAUUCAUGCAACAUCAGUUGUAUCGCGACCAGAAAAUAAAAGUUACAACUCAAAGUGGGAUGUUUCACCUCAUGAAUAUCCAUGGAGUUAUUAUCCUCCAUACUUUUAUGGUAUUGGCUAUAUGAUUGGGGCUGACGUUGUAUGUGAUGCUUCUGUUACAAUGUCAUUUACACAAAAUCUCCGUAUUGAUGAUGCAUACCUUGGGAUUGUUUUGGCGAGACUGAACAAGAAGCUCAAUCAACUUAAAGGGUUCAGAGUAUACACUGAUACAAAUUUCGAAGCAUCAGGAGCAGUUAUUAUACAAAAAUCAAGCGCUGGUUUACUGUUUGCUUAA